AUGUUUGUUGCUGCCUCUCGUAAGAGAAACUUUCCGGCAGAGGAACCAGAAUCAAGCUUCAACACUAUUUGUACAAGUAAUAAUGCCAAAGAAAAUCCUGCCAAAAAAACUAAAAUAGGAGAUAAAACUCGGACUAUUGGAUCAAUAGUUGACAGUAAUUACCCUAAUUCCAAAGACUCUAGCCGGCAAAGUUGUACCCAAUCAGCCUCGACUAGCACAAUAGUUGCUGGGUCGAGUGAAACGGAAAUUGAUAAUUUAAAUAAAAUUACGCGCAAUUUAGAGCGUGCUAAACAAGGAAGCUUAAGCCCUGAACUUUUGAACACUUUUUAUAAGUUGGCAGAGAAAUUCAAUGACCCUGUUAUCCGGUGGAAACAGCAACGAGAUGCUGUAAAUAUCUUAUAUCCGGUAAUGAAAAACCAUCUAUUAGGGAUGCUGCAUGACCAAAAAGCCUUCGAUAUCCUGGUUCAUGUUUUUCAUCGAGGACGAGCCCCCAUCAAGAAGAAUAUUUUGGAUCGACUUGGAGGCAAUUUUCUCGAAAUUGCGAAAACAGUCAAUGGAAAGCGAUUAAUUGAAAUUUUGUUAAAGGAACCGACACUUGGAAAAAAAAUAAUAAUACGAGAUUUUUUUGGGAACACAAUCGAAUUAUUGAAAGAUGAUAUUGGCACUCAUGUAAUGGAAACAAUCUACGCAAAUUCGACUUCCGAACAAAAAGCAUUGUUAAUUUCUGAAUUUUAUGGAUCUGAAUAUGGAAAUAACAACAGUAAUGAUGAUCAGUUAGUAUUAAAGUUAGAUGACAUAAUAGAUCAGAAUGUUUUUCAAAGAAAUGAAAUGACCCGAAAUAUUCUUAGUUGCUUGAAUGAAAAGACGAUCAAACACACAAUUGUCCAAGAUAUAAUUAUUGAGUAUUUGACGCAUGCACAGAUUCGAGGCGAAGAUCAAGAGAUCACGGCACGAAUUAACCAAUUCAUCCGAUCAAUAUUACACACGCACAAAGGAAUACAUGUUGCCAGGCUUUGUUUCUAUCUUGGAACAGAAAAAGAUCGACGGACAAUGUUAAAGUCGAUGAAAUCGAAAUUUGCAUCUUUAUGCAAAAAUCAAUAUGGUCAUUUACUCAUAGUCACUAUAUUUGAAUCUGUAAAUAGUAUCGAUCUAGUACGAAAAAUGGUCAUCACGGAGAUGAUUCGAAACCUACAAAAUAUAAUGGAAAAUGACUAUGGAAGGGUAUGUCUUGUCCAUUUGCUUACUGGACGUUCAGCACUUUUAUUACCGCAGGAAACCAUAAAAGCCUUAGCGAGCAUGGACCACAUUCGCCCGCGAGCCAGCCAAAAAGACUUUAAAGAAAAAAUGUCAAAACUCGCGAGAAGAAUGUCUCCAACCUUAUUUCGAUACAUUUGCCAAAAUCCCGCUAAAUUCUUUGUUAAUCAUAAUACGGGAACGAUAUUAUGCGUCACAUUGUUGUACGCGAAUGGAAAUAGAGCAAGGGCGGUAAAUGAGCUAAUCGAAUUCAUUAGAAACACCCCCCCACAAGAAAAUAUAAUGUUGUCGCCGUACAAUCGAUAUCUUAGCAUUCUUGCUUAUGACAGAUUCAAUCCUUCGGAAAAUCAAUCACUGAUUGCGGCGCCACCUAAUAAUUCGGACUUUGCUAUCAAAUUAUGGGAAUGUAUUCAGGAUCACCUGGAAUUUUAUGCCAUUAACAGUACUAGCUCUGCCGUUUUGGCUUCGCUUUUGAGAAUACAGGUUGUGAAAUUACAAGUUAAAAUAGCUCUGAAAAGACAUGAGAGUGCAAUAAGACGUGCUGCGAAUAAAGAUUGGACAAAAAUUAAUUGGGUCGCUCAACAUUUCGGCUGGACGAAAUUUUGA